AGUUGAACUGAAAGAAGGGGGUGGGGAGGAAAGAACAGAUGCCACCGAGUCAGGCUGGAAUCUCUGCCAUCACCAUGACCCGCAGUAAUCAGGAUGAGCUUGCCUAGCAGAAGAACAUGAAAAAGCAAAGCGACUCAGGCGAGGGAAAAUGCCAGGAUGACCAGUUCUCUGCCACUGCCCGAAAGCAGAAGGACUCGGAGAUCAUGCAACAGAAAAAGAAAAGGGCCAAUGAGAAGAAGGAAGAGCCCAAGUAA